ACGUUAGAGCUGGUCAGUUCCGUGUUUACACACCCCAGAGAGGAAGAGAGAGAGAGAGGGCAGAGAGCCGGGAAAGGGCUAAUGAAAGGAGGAUAGGAUCUGGGGACACAAGCAAGGGACAUACUGGAGGGCAGCAUUCAGCACUUUGCAUUUUGUAGAGGCGACUACACACUGGUAUAGUGACAAAGACAAGCCCCUCAUCCCUCUGCCUCCUUGACCCUCCACCUACUACUCCUGUCUAUCGCCGCUCUCCUCGCCCGAGCGGGAUGUUUUCUCGAAAAAGUCAUGGAGACCUCAAGAAAUCUACACAGAAAGUUCUGGACCCAAAGAAGGACGUACCUACACGCUUAAAGCACCUGCGAGCAGUGCUGGACAUUCAGGAGUGGAGCGAACUUAAGCAAUUUUUUGAAGCGCACUAUUCUCAGAUUUAUUUUAUCUUCUAUGAAAAUUUCAUUACACUGGAAAGUAGCUUAAAGCAAAAAGGGAAUAAAUCACAAAGGGAGGAGCUGGACUCCAUCCUCUUUCUUUUUGAAAAAAUUCUACAACUACUACCUGAAAGGAUUUUCUACCGCUGGCAGUACCACAGUAUAGGAUCUGUUUUAAAGAAGCUUUUACACACUGGAAAUGCAAUCAAGAUACGUUGUGAAGGAAUUCGCCUCUUCCUCCUAUGGCUUCAAGCUCUGCAAACAAACUGCGGAGAGGAGCAGGCACUCACGUUUGCAUGUCUCGUCCCUGGGUUUCCUGCGGUGCUUUCAUCCCGGGGUCCCUGCACGCUGGAGACCCUCAUUAAUCCUACCUACAAUUUACCUGAUGGUAAAGUUUAUCCUGAAGAGAUUACACCACUAUUACCGGCUGUGUCUGGUGAAAAGCUACCUGAUGAUCUGAGCUGCUUUUUCUUGCAAAUUUUAUUAAAAUAUAUGGUACAACAGGCUGCAAGUUUAUCCUGGAGAAAUAAGGAAAACCAAGACACAGGCUUCACGUUUCUGUUUAACUUAUUUCGGAAGUAUUAUCUCCAUCACUUGUUCCCAUCAUUUACUAAAUUAACUAACCUUUAUAAACCCGUACUUGAGAUUCCUGAUGUCAGACCAAAGCCGGCAUAUGUAACGGUAACCCGUAACAGUGAAAGCGUUUAUAGCACAAAAGUCCCAUACAUGGCAGCUAGAGUUGUGUUUAUAAAGUGGCUUGUCACGUUCUUUUUGGAGAAGAAGUAUGUGCCGUCUUCUCAAAGCACUAAAAACGGAGGAGACGUGCUGCCCAAAAUCAUUCAGAGCGUGUCUGUGACUAACGUCAACCAAGAGAAGACUCCGGAAGUAGAGAGCAGUGGUCCCACAGAGCAGGAGAAGAACCACUCCAACAGCAGCACCCUGUCGGACAGGAGGCUGAGUAACGCGAGUCUCUGCAGCAUCGAGGAGGACCAGAAGCACCAGUAUAACAUGGUGCAGAGGAUUCUCAUGUCUACUCGAGGCCACGUCAAUUUUGUCAAUGAAGUGUUCAGGCAGGCGUUCUUGCUGCCUGCCUGUGACAUUUCUGCCACUAGGAAAGUUGUGAAGGUAUACAGAAAGUGGAUCUUGCAAGAAAAGCCUGUGUUUAUGGAAGAACCGUCAAAGGUUUCCCCCGAACAACCCAACGUGGAAAUUUUUGAGCCUCCUGUCACAGAAACCGAUAAUAAACCGCUCGCCGCGGAAUCAAGUGGACACAAGCGUUCUUCUAGCUGGGGAAGGACCUACUCCUUCACUAGCGCCGUGAGCAGAGGCUGCGUGUGCGAGGAUGAGAACAUGGAUGUCAAAGCUGGUGAUCAGGCCGCAUUGCAGGUGUUUCUGACAAACUCUGCCAAUGUUUUCUUACUGGAGCCCUGCACAGAGGUCCCUUUGCUUUUGGAAGAGCAGGUUGAGGCUUGCAAAUCCGUUUUAAGCAUCUACAGACGUAUGAUAAUGGAUCUUGUGAUGGAUAAAAAGACGUGGGAACAAAUGCUGCAAAUAUUGCUUCGGAUCACAGAAGCUGUUGUUCAGAAACCAAGAGAUAACCUGAAGAAGGAUUUGUUCUCUCAAGACUUAGCUGGUGUACUUUUCCGGACUCUGAUUGUGGCCUGGAUCCGAGCCAACCUGAGCGUUUACAUAUCACGAGAAUUGUGGGACGAACUGCUGAGCGUCUUAUCAUCGCUGACUGACUGGGAAGAACUUAUCAAUGAGUGGGCCAAAAUCAUGGACUCCCUCACUGCGGUGCUAGCUCGGACAGUUUAUGGAUUAGAUAUGAGCAGUUUGCCUCUGGACAAGCUCAGUGAGCAGAAAGAGAAGAAGCAGAGGGGAAAAGGUGGUUUUCCCGACAUACAGAAGGGGGCUGCUGUUGGCAGGUCGUUUUCUCUCAGCUGGAGGAACCAUCCAGAUGCUCAUGAACCUAUGAGAUUUCGCAGCGCCACUACCUCUGGAGCUCCAGGUGUGGAGAAAGCGAGGAACAACGUGCGUCAAAAAGCCACCGCUAAGCGAAGUCAGUCUAUCAGCAACUGUGUUCACCUUUAUGAGGCUUUGCCAGCAGCUAAAAGUGUUCCUCAUCUCCUUCACACUGUGAGCUCUCUCUUACCUGGUAUCUCUCACACUUCUUGCUCUCAAAGACUCUCAGAAGUCGAUGAGAUGCAGCCUCAGGAAGGUGUAGCCGAAUCUGAACCCAUAGGUGGAUGCGGUGACCCAGAACAGCAACUGCUAACUCGCAGCAACAGUACUUCCAACUUAACAGAGCAGCCGUGUCCUUACACAACGCAAGGUCAAAAAGCUGAGGACUCCAAAAAUGAACGUUUUGCAGAAGACAAUGAACCACCAGACAGCCUGAGAAAAGACACAGAGGGUCCGGUGAUAUUAAUCCGGCGAAGCAGCAGCCCUGCAGAGUUGGAGUGGGACACAGAUUGCCAGCAUUCGGACGGAAGGAGCACAGAUCAUGAGAGAGUUGAAAGCAUUAGCAGUGAUGUGGCCAAUGGAUACAGCCGAGAUUCAGAGAUCUAUCUCAUGCCGUGGCAAAACUGCGAAGAAGACUCUGAUGUCAACACACCGACAGAUGUAGCCUUUGAUCACGAUACAAGGCAAUGGCUGCAGCUUAGUCCGUGUGAUGCUACCCCUCUCACAGAUAGCAGUGAGUGCCUUGCUGGGAAUGGCAGUAUCAUUUCUGGUGGAAAUCUAACCGGUUGGCAUCCAGAUUCGGCAGCCGUAUUGUGGAGGAGAAUCUUGGGAAUUCUUGGCGAUGUCAACAACAUCAAGUCGGCCAAAAUCCAUGCCAAGGUUUUUGGCUAUCUGUAUGAGCUGUGGUUUAAAUUAGCAAAGAUCAGAGAUAACUUGUCCAUAAGUCUGGAUAACCAGUCUUCUCCUCCACCUCCCAUUCUGAUUCCGCCUCUCAGGAUGUUUGCCUCGUGGCUUUUCCAGGCCACAACUUUGCCGAACGAAUACAAAGAGGGCAAGCUGCAAGCGUAUAAGCUGAUCUGCGGUAUGAUGACGAGACGUCAAGAUGUCCUACCAAACUCCGAUGUCCUUGUUCAUUUUUACCAUGUAAUGCACACUGGAUUAAAUCACGAAGAUCAAGAUAUUUUGAAUACGAUCAUAAGGCACUGCUCGUCCAGUUUCUUCUUUCUUGGUUUACCUGGAUUCACAAUGCUGAUCGGGGACUUUAUGACAGCGGCAGCCAGAGUCCUGAGUACAGACAUGUUCGAGGCUCCCCGGUUGGAAGCACAGGUCAUCCUCGGAUCUAUCAUUUGCUUUCCAAACAUUUAUAAGGACCUACCUUUACUAGAGCCGUCCCAGGGAACUAGUGAGAUCCUUACAGAACAUGAAGACAUCAAGGCCAUCUUAGUGAAUAUUUUGUUGAAGACUGCCAGGAACGAGCCCAGCGAAGCAGCCAGGUGUAUUGCUGUAUGUUGUCUUGGAGUUUGGAUCUGUGAAGAACUUGUAGAGAACACAAAUCAUCCUCGGAUAAAAGAUGCCAUCAAUGUCAUUGGAGUAACGUUGAAGUUUCCGAACAAAACCGUUGCUCACGUGGCCUGCGACGUCCUGCAGCUUUUGGUCUCCUACUGGAAAGAGCUUCAGAGCACAGACUUCCCGCUCUCCCGGAAGAUCACAGAAAUUCUGGUGGCCACCAUUUCAUUCCUUUUGCCUAGUGCAGAGAAUUCCUCGGUGGAGACUGAUAAAAAGUUUAUAGUCUCCCUAUUACUUUGCCUGUUGGAUUGGUGCAUGACUCUCCCUCUGAAGAUCUUACUAGAGCCAAUAUCUACAUCUGCCCUCGAAGAGCCUCAUAUAACAAAACCUUCCCUCCUUGACUAUAUAUACAGGGUUUUGCACUGCUGUGUAUGUGGCUCAAAUACAUAUACUCAGCAAAGUCAGUACAUACUCAGCCUGGCUGAUCUCUCAUCAAUGGAUUAUGAUCCAUUUCUGCCCCUGGGAACUGUAAGGAAUACAGAGCCGCCACUGAUCUUCUCUUCUGAUUUGGGCAAUCUUCUUACUGUGGCAGAAGAAAAGAAACGAAGAAACUUGGAACUUAUACCUUUGACUGCUCGUAUGGUCAUGGCACAGCUUAUUAACCAUUUGGGCCAUUACCCUCUUAGCGGAGGCCCGGCCGUCUUGCACAGCUUAAUUAAUGAAAACCAAGAUAACCCUUACGUGGAGGCAUCUGAGCUUUCAAAUGAUGUGUUUAGAAGCCCCAAUUUGCAGCUAUUUGUCUUCAAUGACAGUGCACUUAUAUCUUACCUGCAAAUCCCUGCAGAAAGUACCCCUGGCAGGGAUUCAUCAGGUGUGCCUGGCGAUGUCAGGAUAAUUGUUAGAGAUAUCUCAGGGAAGUAUUCUUGGGAUGCUGGCAUCAUGUAUGGACCUUUAGAAUGCCACCCAGUAGCCAAGAAGGAAAGAAGAGCCUAUGCUCAAUAUCAACAUCAUGAAAAGCCAAGUCUGUCUCAACUUGAUAUAGUGGAUGGAGAUGGAGAACUGGAUGCUCUCGAUACACUGCUUGAAAGGCUUGGGAACAUAAGCCCAGAGUGCCUACUUCAUGCAGACCUAAAACUGAACGAGCCUGCGUUGCCUCCCGUCGGCAUGAGCCGUGAGCAAGAGGAAUCGAUCAUUUUAGCAAUUGCAAGACAAAGUGCCUAUGAGGCAGAACACAUCCAAAGAUGCGACUUUGAUCCCAGUGUAAAAGUAGCAUGUCAGGAAGCACCCAGCACGGCUGAGCCUCAAGCAGCAUUUUAUUUCUGUAGGCUUCUGUUAAAUGACUUAGGGAUGAACUCCUGGGAGAGAAGGAAAAACUUUCACUUGUUAAAGAAAAACUCCAAGCUGUUACGGGAGCUUAAGAAUUUGGAUUCACGGCAGUGCCGGGAAACCCACAAGAUUGCUGUAUUUUACAUUGCUGAAGGACAAGAGGAUAAGUGCUCAAUCCUCUCAAACAGUGGUGGAAGCAAAGCCUACGAGGAUUUUGUAGGUGGACUUGGAUGGGAGGUGGAUCUGUCCACUCACUGUGGGUUUAUGGGUGGCCUGCAGCGGAAUGGGAGUACAGGGCAAACUGCACCAUACUAUGCUACCUCUACUGUUGAAGUCAUUUUUCAUGUGUCAACAAGAAUGUUAUCAGAUUCUGAUGAUUCACUCACCAAAAAGCUCCGUCACUUGGGAAACGAUGAAGUUCACAUUGUGUGGUCGGAACACACUAGGAACUACCGAAAGGGUAUUAUACCUACAGACUUCGGAGAUGUUUUAAUCAUAAUUUACCCUAUGAAGGAUCAUAUGUUUUUUAUAGAAAUAAUGAAGAAACCAGAGGUGCCAUUUUUUGGCCCACUUUAUGAUGGUGCAAUCGUGACGGAGAAGCUUUUGCCGAGUCUUGUACGUGCAACGUGCAUCAAUGCCAGCAGAUCUGUGAAGUCCCUCAUACCACUUUACCAGAGCUUUUAUGAGGAAAGGGCUCUCUACCUUGAAGCAAUAAUUCAGAAUCACAGGGAAAUGAUGACGUUUGAAGACUUUGCAUCUCAAGUAUUCUCUCCAUCCCCCAGCUACUCACUUGGUGGAUUCGGUCUCCCCGCUAGCACCAGUUCGGAUCUGUCCGGAGCCACGGGAGCAGAGGCUUCAGAUCCCACCUCUCCAACACUAACCCGCGCCACAAAAAACAAAAUGUCUGGAAAACUGCGCCGCUCCGCCAGUGCUGUCAGCAAAUCUUCCAAUUGAAGCACUUUUUUUGUUUUUUUAUUAUAAUGAACUCUGUCGAAGAGAUGUUUUUAAAUAACUAAAGAGAGGACUUUGUACCUGUGAACAGAACUUUUAAUAAGGACACGUCGUGCGAUGUUGUCUUUUGUGUCUAGAGGGGCGGGACCCCCAUGGGUAGGUUACGAGUAAACCAUCCGCUAGACACUGCGGUAUGAUGCAACUCCUGCUAGAAGAUUGGUGGUGGGAAGGCGCGCUUAAUGAUGCAACAGGAGUGAAGGUGAGGGACCACUUAACGGGUGUGCAAGAAUCACAACAUCUGAAGAAUUCCUGCAAGGUCUCCUGAGUCACUGCGUUCUGUUGCCUCACUAUUUCUUGGCUGCUCUGUAGUCUAAUUAGCACCUUGACUGCUGGAAAGGCUGCGGUAUCAUUCCUAUCAUUCCCAGCCUGGACCUUAUCCUCAGCGGUUCUUUAAAAAAAAAAAAAAAAAAAAAAGCUGGCCAUGAUCUCC